GAACCUCGCUGCCGAACAGACGUUGCACAGUGCAGAACCUUUAGCCAAUUUAACAGUGCCAUGCAGGCGCACACUAUGGAUGAGAAUCGUUUGGAUGGAUCUGAACGGAUGGGCCUGAUCGUGCUGGGCCUCCUGCUUGGCAUUAUCGUUGCAAUCGUGUCGUUGAUUUGCCAGCGCCGGAAUGCUCGUCUCUUUGGACGCACACCACCCGGUCCGUGGGGCCUGCCCCUGUUGGGCUAUUUACCGUUCCUGGACCGGCUGGCGCCGCAUAAGUCACUACAGGCGCUGGCCAAACGCUAUGGCGGCAUCUAUCAGCUAAAAAUGGGCCGGGUGCAAACGGUGGUGCUCUCGGAUGCGACACUGGUGCGUGAGUUCCUUCGUCACGAGGAGCUGACGGCACGAGCUCCACUCUACUUAACGCAUGGCAUUAUGGGUGGCUAUGGUAUCAUUGGAGCUGCCGGCGACAUCUGGAAAUACCAGAGACGACAGCUUAUCGAGUGGCUCAAGGCGCUGGGCAUGACGCGCAAACAGUGCGAAACGCGUGCGCAGCUGGAGCAGCGCAUCAGUCGCGGCGUCAACGAAUGCGUCCAGUCACUUGAGACGGAAGCAGAGCAAAACGAUGUGCUGGAUCCGUUGCCGGCCUUGCAGCACACGCUGGGCAACAUAAUCAACGAUGUGGUCUUUGGCGAGACCUAUGAGCGCAACGAUCCCAACUGGCUGUAUCUGCAGCAGCUGCAGGAGCAGGGCGUCAAGCUGAUUGGCGUCUCGGGAGUGGUGAACUUUUUGCCUUGGCUGCGUCACCUGCCGGGCAACCAGCGCUGCAUACGCUUUCUGCUCGAUGGCAAGGUCAAGACGCAUCAGCUCUACGAUCGAAUUGUCAAUCGCUGCGACGAGCGAAUGGAGAGACAGCUGGAGCAGCGACAGCAAGAGCAGCGACCACCAUCGGAACCGCAUAGCAUUUUGGAGCAUUUUCUGCGCGAGCGACAGCCAUAUUCGCAGCUCUAUUGCGAUGAGCAACUGCGUCAUCUGCUGGCCGAUCUCUUUGGCGCCGGCGUCGAUACAGCGCUGGCCACACUGCGCUGGUUCCUGCUCUAUAUGGCACGGGAGCAGCACUGCCAGAAGCGACUGCAUGCGGACCUCCUCAAAUUGAGCCGGACACCAACGCUGGCCGAACUGGAGCCGCUGGCAUAUCUGCGCGCCUGCCUCUCGGAGGUGCAGCGCAUCCGGUCUGUAGUGCCUCUGGGCAUACCGCAUGGCGUCGAUCAGGACAUCACCAUUGGCGAUUAUCGUUUGGCGAGCGGUAGCAUGAUACUCGUACUGCAGUGGGCCAUACACAUGAAUCCGGAUGCAUGGCCAGAGCCGGAACAGUUCCGGCCGGAGCGUUUCCUCAGCGACGCCGGUGAGUAUGUGGCACCGGCGCAGUUUAUACCUUUCCAGACGGGCAGGCGCAUGUGUCCGGGCGAUGAGUUGGCCCGCAUGAUGCUAACGCUUUUCGCGGGCCGCAUUCUGCGCCGCUUCCACAUCCAGCUGGAUGGCGAUGUGAGCAUGGACGGCGAGUGUGGCAUUACUUUGGCGCCGGCACAUUUCAAACUGCGCUUCAGCCAGCUGGAGCUGCAGCGGAAUCCUUCGAAGCAGCAGAAACACGGUUAGGUUUUAGUUGUGUGCAUUUUCAUUUAUUUGCCUUCAAUAUUUUUUUUCUUGCA